AUGGCCAUAACAAUCAGCAACAAAGUUAAGACAAAAGGAAUCAAAAAGAAGCUUAAGCUUACGAAGAUUCCGAUUACAAGAACUAAGCGACCAAUAAAUAGUAUUUCAGCAUCUUCUAAAUUAACUUUUUGCAAAAUUUGUUCCAAAAGUUUUGAAUAUCCAUCGGAAUUAAGUAAACACUUGUUAUAUCAUGAAAAUUCCCGGAAAUACAAAUGCGGACUUUGUGAAUUGAGAUUCAAAAAUAUGACCGGAUUAUCAAUACAUAAAAUACAUAUCCACACAGCAAAACAUGGAAAACCAAAUAUAACAAACAAUAUUUCACAAAAAUUCACCAGUGUUCAGUCAGGAAUCAGUAGUUUCGGUUCGCUUUUAAAUAUGUCUAACGUUUUUGAUAUCGAUGUGAGUCCAGAGACUCCAGAACUUUUAGCAAUAGCUGAAAAAGAUCUUCGCGAGACACCAGAAAUUCGUGCAAAAGGGUUAGCUGAAUUGAGAGAAUUAUUGAAGCAGAAUAGUGACAUUUACUAUUGUGAUGAAGAUGAAUUUUUGGUGCCGGUUUUGAGGACGACUCAUUGGUAUCCAGAAAGUGCAAUGAAAUUGAUCCGUCAAAUUGCUGAAUUUCGCAAGGAACACUGGAAAUUGUUGAAAGAUUUGAUGCCAGAACAAGAGAAAGUUCCAUUUAUUGAAGGCAAUCUAGUCAACAUAUUAACAAACAAAGACCAUAAGCAACGUCGCAUGCUUGUUGUUAAUGGUGGAAAAAUUUGGAAUCCUGAUCAAAUUUCUUACGAUUGCUUAUUUAGGAUGUUCUAUAUGCUUCAUAUUUUGGCACAGCUGGAAAAAACCUCACAAAUCUGUGGCUGUGUUGUCAUUUAUGAUUUUGAAGGACUUGGAAUGAAACAAAUUAAGUCAAUGUCACCAAGUUCCAUUCAACGUCUUUUGAAUUUUAUUCAAUAUGCAAUGCCAUUGAGAAUCAAAGAAAUUCAUUUUGUAAAGCAGCCAUUAAUUUUCGAGAUGGUUUGGGCACUUAUGAAGCCCUUCCUACAAGAAAAGUUGAAGAAACGUAUUCAUUUCCAUGGUGAUGAUAUGAAGAAGCUUCACAAAUUUAUCCCAGCUGACUCCUUGCCUAAGAAUUAUGGAGGCACUAUGCCUGAAAUCAAUUACUCUGGAAAAGAAUGGUAUCCACUUGUUGAAAAGUACAAUGAUUACUUCCUUAGAUACAAGGAUGUUGGAUUCAAAGACUUGAAAUAAAUGAGCAGUUGCAAUGUUUUAAUGCCAUUAAAUUGACAGCAAUGAAAUAAAAUUUUAAAAAUUUAAUUAAA